AUGGCUUACGCUGACGAUGCCGUAAGAGCAAAGCUCUCGGCGCUGAAUGAAACCCAAGAUAGCAUUGUCAGUGUCGCUCAAUGGAUCAUCUUUCACAGACGACACGCAGACCGUACUGCUGAGCUGUGGCUCGAGAGACUCAAGGACUCAAAUCCUCCUAAGAAGCUCAACCUGAUCUAUCUCGCCAAUGAGGUUGUCCAGCAAUCAAAGGCUCGCAAAAAGGACGACUUCCUGGUCGCCUUCAGUCCUAUCAUCGCAGAAGCCACAUCCUUAGCCUACAAGAGCGGCACCCAAGACACUGGCGGCAAGAUCAAGCGUGUCGUAGAAGUCUGGCGUCAGCGCAAUAUCUUUGAUCUCGCCAUACAGGAUGCCACUGAGAAGCGCAUACAAGAGGUCGACAAGUCACGUAGCGCUCGUUCAGGCGGUGCUGGUCUUGGUGGUUCCCUUUUCGGCGGCUCUCUCUUCUCCAACUCCUCCGCUCCGCCCAUCCCAUCAGAGCUACAACCCCUGGCAAAACUGCAAUCUACUCUCUCUCGCGCCGACGCCGCCGCUCAACCUCUCGUCCAGACAGCAAACACCGAACAUGCAAAGCUGACGGAUCCGAACACCCCUGUACCCAGUCCUCCUGUUCACGCAGCUCGUCUCUCAUCGCUUUUGAAGAACCUCGCUGCUGCAGAGGGCGCCGUUGAUGCUAGCCUCAAGGCUCGGAACGAACUCAUUACUGGUCUGGUGAAACUGCUCGAUGCUAAUAGGGCCAAGCUAGCUGAAGAAGAGAAGACAUACUCCGAGCUUUCGUCUCGCCGAGCUGUUAUCGAGGAAAAGAAGAAGGAAGUCGAGGACGGCAUUAUGCGUGGUCUGUCUGGUGAUGCUUCGGCUGCUGUCUCCUCUGACGCGUCCGCCAAUCCUCGUCCUGCUGAGAAUGACGGCAGCCCUGAGGUCGAAUCUUUUACUCCACCUCCUCCUGAUGUCGAA